AUGGCACCCUUCCUCCCUGCUGAAAUAAUUUUGUGCAUCCUUGAGCAUAUGCCAGACAUUUUCACGCUCUUUUCAGCAAUCCUGACCUGCAAGGAUAUCUGCGCUGUGUUUACAGACAAUGAAGAUCGGGUAAUGGGAUCUGUAUCCUGGAAUGGGGCGAUGAACAAAUUUACGGAUCGAAGAAUGACGGACUGGAACCUGAUGCGUGGCGGGAGGAAUACGAAUGCAACAAGAGGCCGCGCAGAAUCCUGA